GCUGUGGUGGACGUCAGUAAGUACGAAAGAUGUGCUAAUUAGCUGUUUAAGCGACGUUAACUAGUUCACCUUUCAAUUAGUGAAGUUUGGAGGUUACUGUCAGUGGCGAGUAUGUAGUCGCGGAGUAGGUGAUGUCAUAUCAGUUUUUUAAACAGAAAAUGUUUUCUAAAGCCCCGCAAGCUUUUAAGUUUUUUUUUUUCCGCACCAGAAAGCAACGGCGCAUGAGGAGCGCCAGAAGCCAUUGAGUUUCUCACUUAUAGUGAGAAACUCUAUGGCCGGAAGGUUAUCCCCGCUGGGAGUCAUUGGCUGGGAAAGCGAAACCGAAACAGCGCCACCAGUGAUGUCAGCAUGAUAUGUUUCAGAAAUUUUACUUAAUCGAUGGUUCGGUUCUGGUGUUGUGAAAAACUGUGAAAGAUAGCGACGAGGGAAAUCCAAUUGGAAAUCGCGGCGCGCUUGACUGUUUUGUCGGUUUCACCAGCAUGUUUUUUCUGCCUAGGUGUCGGUAGCGUCGCUUUCGGCCAGGUGAAAUUUUGGAAUGGUCUCAAUGUUGGGUUGUCGUUUUAGGAUGUCUGCAUUUACCGAGAGCCCACGAUAUCUACCUGUCUGCACGCACAGCCGUGCCUUAUGAUCCAAAGCCAGCCGGUCGACUUCCGCUGCGACCUGUGUGUGACAAGCAGGCGAGCUGUGGGGCACAGCCUGCAUGCUCGGAGUCGUGCCCCUGGCGAGUGACAGCAACGUGCAGCUCCGGUUCCUGGCACCUGAUGAUGCCCCCGAGGUGCGCCGACUCUGCACCGACUGGUUCCCCAUUGAGUACCCGGAUUCCUGGUACCAUGACAUCACCUCCAACCCCAGGUUUUUUGCCUUGGCAGCAAUGUAUGGGGGCCGCAUCAUUGGCCUCAUUGUUGCCGAAAGCAAGGCGCAGUCCCAGUGCAACCGAGAAGAUGCAGGACUCCUGGCCACAAACUUCCCGCCCUCUGCACAGGUUGCCUACAUUCUCACCCUGGGGGUGGUGCGUGAGUGCCGGCGCAAUGGCAUAGCAACACUCCUGCUGGACAGCCUGCUUGCGCACCUGUCCCAGCAGCAGCCACAACCCGGUUGUGGUGCCUGCAAGGCUGUCUACCUGCAUGUGCUGGCAUCCAACACGUGUGCCAUCCAGUUCUAUGAGCGGCGCUGCUUCCGGCCACAUGCCUUCCUGCCCCUGUAUUACUCAGUCCGGGGUGCACCCCGUGAUGGAUACUCAUAUGUGCUCUACAUCAAUGGUGGCCACCCACCCUGGACACUCCUGGACUACAUCAAGCACUGGAGCCAGAAGGUGUCCCGGCUGGAAGUGUGUGCACUGCCGAAGCAGCUGCUGCGCAUGGUGGGAAAGCUCUUCUCCAGGCUGUUCUCAAGGGUGUUUGUGUCACACAAGUAGCAACCGUGCCUUGCCCCAUCCCAAAAGACUGCAGCCCAGCAUUGGGGCACAAGACUGUUGUUGAAUUUCUCUUAGUGUUCUGCCUCUCUUUUCACUAAGUUGAAGAGGAAAAAAAGAAGUGAAUGCUCAUUUCAAUGCAGCGCCGACACUGAGCAAAGUGGUGUUUUUUUACUUCUGCAACAACCUCGUUCCUCGUGCAUUCACGAAAAGACGUGUGUGGGUGCUGUGCUGGGCCCUACACUGUGCCUUGGGUUCUCCAGUCAAGUGCAGCUGUCGUGUACAGACUUCUUUCUUUUUAUGUGCCUUAGCUGUGUUGCUAAGGCUAGUACGGUGGCAUUUUUGCUUUGCAUGUUUCUCGAUUUGUGCAAAAGCAAGUGAAUGUGACAAACGGUGCUGGAAGAAGUUUGUGGAGACGUUGAGCUACUGAAAAUUGUGCCAGCAUUAGACUCAGCGAAUAUGAACGCCACUCCUUGUCUAAAGGUAGAUUUUGCAUGUCCCUAUUGGAGAUGCUCUGACUGAAUAUUGCUUGCAUUGCCUCACUUUAAUAUAGCACACUCAUCGUCUGAACAAAAUAGUGUACCUCCACACACAGCACACCUUACACACCCUAGUGCAAGCAACAAACAAACAAACAAACAAACAAACAAAAAGACUCAAAGGCCAGCUAAACCAUUAGCUACUUUUUGCAAUAGGGUGUACUCUGUGAGCAACAGUCUAUGUACCACAAAUUCUGCAGGGCCUGGGAGCUACCAGUGAUUUAGGUUUAUUGUGGAAACUGUGCUCCUUAGGUGUAAGUGUGACAUUCCUCCACAAAUUAGCGGACACGUGGAGAAAGCCAGCAACAAAAGAAAAUGAGCAAAGUGUUUUGCAUGCAAAAGCUGGCUGUGGCUCGUCAGAAUGCAGAAAAAGCCACAAUUACACAUUUUGGUGAAAUCUUUGCAGCAGAAGCCAAAAAUUUGUGGCAGGGCCUUUCCACAACUACUAAAAGUGUCACCUGUACUGCUGGUUCCUUAUUAGCAUUUUCCUCUGCAGUGUACGAAUAGGCAACAAGUGCUGCCAACUGUGGCCAAAAAAGUGAGAUGUGACUAUGCUGCCAACACAGCUACGAUGGAUAGCUGCUUCAGUGACACUUUUCAUGCACAUUUAUGAUGCGUGACAUCUCAACAUUGGAUCUGUGAACAUUGGAAUUUGAGCAUUUUGUUUUUCAUUACUAAAUAUAUGUCUCAGCUGUUCAAGCAGUGUGUUAUUUUUUCACAAGAGCAAAUGUAAUGGCAUGAAGCACAUACUGUGCUUCAGCAACUCACUUUGUUAUCAUAUGUGUAACAAAAUUGUUAUGGCUAUUUGUUCAAAGUUAUAUUUUUCAUGUCCCCGUAAUCAUUGGCGAUGGGUGCCAUUUUGCUUGAACUACGUUAAACCCAACAUGAUUAUGCAUGUAACAAAACACUGUUUAAAAAAAAGACCUUGAAAAAUGCCUCUUAACAUUUUUAAGCAAUGAAAAAGGUUUUAUUUUCAAAUUACAAUUCCACACUUACUUUCUGCUUCAACUACAUGCAUUUUCAUCCCAGCAUUUAAUAAUAUUAAACAUGCACGUGUGGUUUAGCUCCUAAAAAAAUGGCAUUAAAAACUUGGCCUUGGCAAUCGUUGCUGUACCUAUGCCAUAGGGACAAGGUCUAUUCUAUACUAUUACGCUCGUGGCACAUAAUGCUUCAUCUGUCAUUACCUUUGUUUUAGUUUGUUUCAAUAUAAGUUUUAGCGUCACUUGCAUACACUCAUUUGGCUGCAAAAUGUGAGGAGAUAAAUAUAAAAAUAAAUAUAAAAAUAAUACUUCUGAUUGGACCUGCACUGCAAGUUUGAAUAUGUAAAGUGUUUUAGUAAACCGAGUUGGAAAAAAAAGACUGCUGGGUGUUUUCGGUAUCAGUACAUCUUCAUGUAGAGGGUUCACAUUUUUUCACAAUGUCUUGCACAUCCAGCAUAUAGUUCAAGUGCCUGGAUAGGUGCUUUUCAAUUAUGCUAGACAUGAAGUCCUCAUAUAUGACAUUCCUGUAGAGAGUUCUCGCAUGAAGUCCAGAUUUUUUGAACCUGACCAAAAGAAUCGAAAUUUUAUAAUCCAUUCUGCAGCUGUAUGGUUUUCAUGAUCCUGGAGACACAAGUAAUGUAAUUGAUGCCUGAAGGGGAUCUACAUAGGCACGUGGGUGCCCAUACGACCCGACUCCAUGGCUCUCGGAGCAAGUUAUCUGUUGAAGCACUUAUGACUUCACAGGCCAUUAAAGGAAUCAGCAUGAGGACUUGCAGUGAAAUGGAUACCUGAAACAUCAACACGUCUACUGCAAAAGGUUUAGUGGAUGAACCUAUGGUUCAGUUUCGAAUGUACUCUCCUGCUGCCAAAGCUGUCUCAUGUGCUGCUUUAACAGCCUGUCAUGGUAAAGUCAGUGUGGUUACUCAGGUUUAUCACUCCCAAUGGAAUGUUUGCUUAAAAAGCAAGUUUGAAUACUGCAAGCAUCGAGCCUUGUCAACAGCGCAGCAUCACCCUCAUUUUUAGUUCAGUGCAUUGUCCGGAACACGGCUUACCCAGGCAGGUGACACGUGAUGCAGUAAUAAGUUGGCAAGGUAUUUCUGCAGUGCAUGUUGAGAGACAAAGCUGAGGUGUGUCCAAAUGCAUUUGAACUUCGUUAUAGCAGUCGCAUUUGAUGUGAAGAUACCUUUGUUAUUUCUGACAUUCGUUAUAACCAUACAUCUGUGAAAAAUACCUGCAAAUUUUAUAUUUAUUUCAUUAUGUCCGGUAAUUCAUUAUACUAUGCUUCAACUGUACCAACAACUGUGCCUUGCAGGUUCAUACCAUGUUCAAGUAACCUGAACCCCAUACAGGUAAUAGACUGAGACUUCAUUUGAAUCCAUUCUGCACACUCCAUUACCAGAGGCAUGAAAGAGAACACUCCAAACAAGUAGGAGCUGAACUUUGGUCUGCUUGUCCGGCUUAGUUGUGCAUCUGGUGGAAUAGGGUCAUAACUCUUCUACACAUUCCUGUCGCGUGCAUUAUCAUGGAUGAAGUGCAAUAUGUGUUGCAGCAUUAUUUAUUGACCAGUGUGUUGUGGUGAAAGCACACGAACAAGCUCUCGCAAUGUGAGGGAAGGGUCUUUUUUUUUUUAUAUUUCUCACAAACUGUUGCGUUACCCUUCCCACCAGCGAGUUGUGUGGUAUGCUACUUGUUUGCAGUGUGAAUGACACCAUAGCGACUGACAAGGCACACUGCUGUUUUAUGCAACAGAUGCAGAUGUUUAAGCAAAUAAAAGCUUGUGAAAGUUCUCA